AUGAAGUUCCUGAUCCUUGCCCUGUGCGUGGCAGCGGCUCUAGCCACCAGCCCUGACCUGGACCAAGAAUGGCAGAUGUGGAAGGACAACAACCAGAGGAAGUACGAGGUUGAAGAGGAGGACUACCGUCGAUUUGUCUGGGAGUACAACUACAAGAUAGUGACCGAGCACAACCAGCGAUACGCCCUGGGCCACACCACCUACACCAUGGCCAUGAACCAGUUCGCUGACAUGACGAAUGUUGAGUUCAGGAAACGCAUGAACGGCUUUGUUUCAGCCAUUGCCCCAUUGGAAACGACACAGAGCCGCAUCGAUGUUAGCCCACUCCCAGAUUUCGUGGACUGGAACUCAAAGGGAUGGGUCACCCCUGUCAAAAACCAGGGUCAGUGUGGGUCUGCAUGGGCCUUCAGUGCUACGGGAGCACUUGAAGGCCAAACCUUCAACAAGACGGGCAAACUGCCGGAGAUCAGCGAGCAGAACCUGGUAGACUGCGCCACGGCGCCAAAAUACGACUGCGCCGGCUGCAACGGCGGAACUAUGUUGGGGGCCUUCCAGUAUGUCAUCGACAACAUGGGAAUCGAUUCUGAAUCCUCGUACCCAUACCAAGCACAAGACAUGAAGUGUCGCUUCAAUGCAGCAAACGUUGUCGCCACAGAAAAGACUUAUGUUGUUCUUCCCAGCGGGGAUGAAAAGGCCCUCCAGAGAGCUGUGGCAACCGUUGGACCAAUCAGUGCCGCCAUUGCCGCCAGUCACGUGACCUUCCAGCUCUACCAAUCAGGCAUUUAUGAUGAGCCCCAGUGCAGCCAGACGGCAUUGGCGCACAAUGUUCUUAUAAUCGGUUACGCAAUUGAAAACGGAAAUCCCUAUUGGCUAGUAAAGAACAGCUGGGGCGCUGACUGGGGAAUGAAUGGCUUUGUACGGAUGUCCCGCUCCAAGGACAAUCAGUGCGGCAUCGCUACCAGGGCAUGCUAUCCCCUAGUCUAG